UGUCUCCUGGUGAACCAGAUAUGAUGGUUCUUGAUAAACACCAGAAUGAACCUGAUUGUGGUUUUGAACCAGUGGAGAAUGAUGAGCCACAACAGUCUCUGGAUCAAACCAUGAACCAGUCAGAUGAUCAAAACAUGAACCAGUCAGAUGAAGAUGAACAGAAAUUACAGGAAGAAUUUGCUUUGUCACAGCCAACAUGUGACAAAGCUUACCAGUGUGUGGUGUGUGAGACGUCAUUCCAUCGACCAUCGGACCUCGAGCUUCAUGUCAGGGAUCAUCUAGGUGGAACUCCUUUUCAUUGCAAUGUCUGCGGAAAAAAUCUAGCAUCACAGAGAACCUUGUCUAAACAUCAGUUAUCACACAAAAAGAAAUCAACAGCAAGGUUACUGAGAGAGAAUUCUCCAAAAGUAGCAAGAAGAAGAGGUCGACCAAAGAAAUCAUUUACAUGUGAAGUUUGUAAGAAAGAGUUUCCUCAGAGUGAGAAGCUUUCAGAACAUUUGAGGACACAUACAAGUGAUAAGCUGUUUAGGUGUGGCUUAUGUUUAAAAACUUACUUAACUGUGAUUUCUUUAUCUUUUCACUUGAGGACCCAUACUGGACUGAGACCGUAUAAGUGUGAUCUCUGUGGGAAGACCUUCACCAGGAUAGGCAUUCUCCAAAGUCACAUGAGAACCCACUCUGGUGAUCGUCCUCAUGGCUGUGAAACCUGUGGGAAAAGAUUCCCUGAGCGUUCAUCUUUAAAGAAGCACAAAAUGACCCAUAGGGAACAUUUUGAGUGUAAAGAAUGCAGUUUGGAAUUUACAUCCUUUUCUGGAUUCAAACGUCACAAAGCAACCCAUGAUAAUGGUCAGACAAGGAAUUUGAACGAAAUUGGAGGAGUAUGUGAAAUUUGUGGGAAAACAUUUUCUCAAAGAAGGAUAUUAGAUAGACAUAUUUCAACACACUCAGGGGAAAAGUCUUACACGUGUGAGUUUUGUGGUAAAGCAUUUGCUUGUUCAUCCACACUGCAGACUCAUAGAAGAAUCCAUACUGAUGAAAAACCAUUCUCCUGUAAAGUGUGUGGACAGAGGUUCCGUUGUCGGAGUUCUGUCAGAUUUCAUUUGGCCAAGCAUACAGGUGUUAAACCUUAUAGUUGUAACUUGUGUCAAAAAUCUUUUUGGGGUCCCACAGGCCUGCGGCACCACAUGAAUGCACACUCCGGAAACAGGCCAUUCCAGUGUGAUGUGUGUGGAAGGGAAUUUCACAGGAAAAAUAUUUUGAAAGACCACAUGAUAACUCACACAAAUGAAAGACCUUUUCAAUGUGAUGUUUGUGGCAAGGCAUUUAAGGACCCUCCUGCUUUACGGAGACACAAGAUGCUGCAUUCAGACCUAAAACCAUACAGUUGUGAAGUGUGUGGAAAAUUAUUUGCUUUAAUGGCUUUUCUAAACCGUCAUAAGAAAACUCACACAAAGUCUAUGAGGUCCAGACUUUCAAGUUUGUUUAACUGCCAUGUGUGUGAUAAAUCAUUUAAGAGUUUGAGCUAUUUAAAAGUCCAUGUGUUUACACAUACAGGUGAAAAGCCACAUAAAUGUAAAGAAUGUGGAAAGGGAUUUACCAGGACGUCUUUGCUAAAGGACCAUCUACGUGUUCACUCGGAUGAACGACCAUUUUGUUGUGAAGUUUGUGAUAAAGCAUACAAAGACCCAGGGUCUUUGCGUUCGCACAAGCUGACACAUGAAGAGAAUUUAUUUCCUUGUAAAGACUGUGAAAAAUCAUUUCCAAGAGCUCAUCUUUUAGAAAAACACAGGAUUAUCCACACUGACAAAAAUCCUUACAAAUGCCAUGUCUGUGAUAAAGCAUUUCAAAAUCUGAGCUAUUUAAAAGUCCACGUGUUUACACAUACCGGUGAAAAGCCACAUAAAUGUGAAAAAUGUGGAAAGGGAUUUACCAGGACAUCUUUGCUAAAGGAUCAUCUACGUGUUCACUCGGAUGAACGACCAUUCAGUUGUGACAUGUGUAAUAAAGCAUACAAAGACCCAGGCUCAUUGCGUUCACACAAAUUGACUCAUGAAGAAAACCUUUUUCCAUGUAAAGAUUGCGGAAAAUCAUUUCCAAGAGCUCAACUUUUAGAAAAACAUAGAAUUAACCACACUGAAAAAAAUACUUACAAAUGCCAUGUUUGUGACAAAGCAUUCAAAAAACUGAGCUAUUUAAAAGUCCAUGUGUUUACACAUACAGGCGAAAAGCCACAUACAUGUGAAAAAUGUGGAAAGGGAUUUACCAGGACAUCUUUGCUGAAGGACCAUCUGCGUGUUCACACAGAUGAACGACCAUUCUGUUGUGAUGUUUGUAAUAAAACAUACAAAGACCCAGGGUCUUUGCGUUUGCACAAGUUGACACAUGAGGAAAAUUUAUUUCCUUGUGAAGACUGUGAGAAAUCAUUUCCCAGAGCUCAUCUUUUGGAAAAACACAGAAUUAUGCACACUAACAAAAAUCCAUACAAAUGUUCACUGUGCAAAAAGUCUUACUCUAUAUACGGCAGUUUUAGGCAGCACUUGAUGACACACCCUGAAAACAGGAAGCAUGAAUGUAACCUCUGUGGUAAAAAAUUUGGCCGCAAAGAACAUCUGAGAGGACACAUGAGGACACAUUCAGGCGAGAAGCCAUUUAAAUGUGAUGUGUGUGAAAAAGCAUACCGCGACCCCUCCUCUUUGCGUACACAUAAGUACACACAUGGGGAAAAGAAGUUUUCCUGUAAACAGUGUGGGAAAUUGUUCUCAAAGCCAUUUCUUUUACAGAAACAUAGUAGACUUCACAAUUCUGGGGAAGUUUUUCAGUGUAAUAAAUGUGAGAAGACGUUCAGGUCAGAGAAGAAUCUAUCACAACAUCAGCUUAAUCACACAGAAAACAAACCACAUAAAUGCAAUGUUUGUGGUAAGGCUUUUGCGAGGAAAGAUGUUCUUACUGGUCAUAUCAGGACUCACUCUAAAGAAAAGCAGUAUAAGUGUAACAUUUGUACAAAGGCUUAUAAGAACCCAAAGUCACUGCGGAGUCAUAGGAAACAGCACCACAAAAGUUAAUCAUGUUAAUUAUUGACUCGUACUGAGUUGUUCAAUGUACCUAAUAGUUACCAAAACAUUAAUACAUGUAGUCAGUUGUUACUGUAACAAUGUUUUAGUGGUUUCCACAAAAGUUAAAUAACUGUAGUGAGUUUUAACAAUGCUUCAGUAGUUAACAUAAAAGACAGGUUAUGAAACAAGUGAAAGGAAAUUUGUCAUUUGAUAGUCAAUGAAAUUUUUUUAAAGUGAUUAUAAAUAUAAUUUAAAUAUUGGCAUAAAUGAAUGAAGAGUCAAUGCAAAAUUAAGCUAAUUUUAUUGACAUUUGCAAGAUGCAGGAAUAGAUGUAACAAAAUGAUGUGAAAAUGAAGUUGAGGUGCAGGGAAGUUUAAAUUGAAGUGAAACGGAAUAUUGUAUACAGAUAAUAAGAAUGUAAAAUGAAUGAAUUGGAUUUUGAUAUGAUGUUAAAGAAUGAUUGUAAAUGUAAAGGAAUGUAGUUUAAGAGUAACAAAACGUUUCUAACACAACAAAGUAAACAAACAAAAUGGCUGUCAUGUUAUAAUACUGGUCUUUGUCAGUUGGAAUAAUGUGUGAUGAAUUCAAAUAUCAAUAUGAGUAUGAUGAGAGUAACAGAAACCUUUUAAAAAAAUUUUGUUAAGGUCAAGAUCAAGUAAAUGAAAGGUGUGUACAGAUUUCUCAAAUUAGAAAUAAAAUAUUUUAACGAUGCUUUAUAACUUUAUCUUGGUCAAAUAAGGUUUUUCGGGGCAUGAUUUCUAGGUAAACAAUCAUCAUAUUUUAAACUGACAUUUUCAAAGAAAAAUUAAGAAAACCACUUAUGAAUAUGGGAGUAUUUUUUCCAUAUCAGUUGAAGGAAAUAUAUCCAUAUUGUCUACUGUCUGUAAGAAAACGGUAAUUUGUAUGUUCUUAGCCUCUUCUUUAAAAUGGUUUUAAAUUGAAUAUAGGUAUUGGGAUUACUUUUCGCAUGAUUUCAAAUUGAAUUCAAUGAAAAUACUUUUUUGACAUAAUUCUU